AUAAAGGCAUGCUUUUGAAGUGAGAUUUAGAUUCUACAAUUGAAUUUAAUUAUAAACUAAAGAAGGAUUGACCAGCUCAAUUUAUUAAUUAGAUUAAUUAAUUCGGAGAAAGACGUUUUAAUAUGUGUUUUUAUUAGGCUUCUAUUUCUAAUAAAGAUUGGGGAUAUUUUUGGUUGUUUUGAGACUGUUUACUUAGAGAAUCUGUGGAGAAGCAUGUGAUAAUAUGAGUGUGAUGCAGAUCUAGAAACAAUAUGGAUGUAAAUUUAGCUGAAUCGAGGCGUUCCUCAUGUCUAAAUGUACCCCUUGGCUCAAUUUUGAUUAAUGAAUCCCAGUGGGAUUCGAUUCACUGGUUUAAAUUGAAGUUCUUCAUAGUUCAUAUAGAAUCCAGUGCAAAAUCACAUGUCUUGACCGUCCAAGACAGCUUAAUAGUUCAAAGUCUGAUUCUAAUUUGGUCGUAUGAUGGGUUGAGAGGCACUGGCAUUUUUCCCGCACUUGAGUUCUAAUACGAGUCUGAAAUGAUUUGGAAGUUGAUUUUAGCAAUUGAUGCCAGUUUCUUAUUGAAAUAAUUUGAAUUUGAUUGAAAAUUUUAGGAUAUAAGAUCAAAAAGAAAGCGUUUAGAGAAAGUUGAGUUUCAGAUAUAAGCAACUAGAGAAUAUGCCUGCACAAAAGAUCGAAACAGGUCACAACGACGUUGUUCAUGAUGUAUCCAUGGAUUAUUAUGGAAAAAGAGUGGCAACAGCAUCAUCUGAUGUCUCUAUAAAAAUAAUCGGUGUCAGCAACAAUUCUACUUCUCAACAUCUCGCUACUUUGAUUGGGCAUCAAGGUCCAGUUUGGCAGGUAGCUUGGGCACACCCCAAAUUUGGCUCGAUGCUUGCUUCUUGUUCUUAUGAUGGUAAGGUCAUCAUCUGGAAGGAAGGAAAUCAUGGUGACUGGUCUCAAUUUCAUGUUUUCACUGACCACAAAUCAUCUGUCAACUCUAUUGCUUGGGCACCACAUGAGCUGGGACUCUGUUUGGCUUGUGGAUCGUCUGAUGGGAAUAUCUCAAUCUACACAGCUCAAUCAGAUGGUGGUUGGGACACAACGAAAAUUGACCAAGCACACCCCAUUGGAGUCACAUCGGUUUCAUGGGCCCCUUCAAUGGCCCCUGGUGCUUUAGUUGGAUCUGGGCUUCUGGAUCCUGUUCAGAAGUUGGCGUCUGGUGGCUGUGACAAUACAGUGAAGGUGUGGAAGCUAUAUAACGGUAAUUGGAAGAUGGACUGCUUCCCUGCUUUACAAAUGCACUGCGAUUGGGUGAGAGAUGUUGCCUGGGCACCAAAUUUGGGGCUUCCAAAAUCAACAAUUGCCAGUGCUUCACAGGAUGGUACGGUGGUCAUAUGGACUUCGGCAAAAGAAAGCGAUCAAUGGGAGGGUACAGUUUUGAAGGAUUUUAAGGUUCCUGUUUGGAGGGUCUCAUGGUCUCUGACUGGGAACUUGUUGGCCGUGGCUUCUGGUGACAACAAUAUCACAUUAUGGAAAGAGGCAGUUGACGGGGAGUGGCAAGAGGUCACCACCGUCCACUAGUAGAAUUAUCUAGAGAGAGAAAGAGAGAGGGAGAGAGAACCGGGUGUAUCCAGGUUCAUCUAUUUUGUUUGUCUAUCUAUACAUUUUGGGAUAUUUGAGUUAUAUAUUAUUAGUUUUUCUGUAGUCUGAAAUUCAUUGUACCUUGAUCCUUUUGUUUGUAUUUGUCUUUUCGAUUACAUCUUAGCAUCCCCCGUUGUUUAUUGGUAAUGACUUGUGAUUUCUUAUUUCGGAGAUCACUGUAGAUUUAGCCCUUGUUUGGUA